UAUAUAAGCUAUAAGCAGAUGGUUAGCCCACAGCCCACUCGAUGGGGGUUACCAUAUAUCGGGCAAGCGGAUCGCAAACAUAUACCUACAGACAAUAUACCCUGCAAUCUAUACCUGACAUUUAUACCAUGUACAACUCGCCACUCCCUCUCGACCUCUUACCGAACACCGCCUUUCCCCUACCUUCAUCUUCCUUGCCAGCCUCUCCUACGAUUGCCACUAGCUCGAAAUCAAGAUCGACGAUGCGUCUCAAUUACCCAGAAGAGAUCGACCUGGGUACUUUUAUCGUCGAACGAUGGAAACAAGCCGGGGUUGGGCACGUCUUCGGAGUUCCUGGGGACUUCAAUUUGGGCUUCUUGGAUUAUAUCGAGGAAGACCCCCAGAUCGAAUGGGUCGGCACGGCUAGUGAACUGGGAGCUGGGUACGCAGUUGACGGGUACGCACGGGUGAAGGGCGGCUUGGGGGUGCUUGUCACAACCUAUGGAGUAGGCGAGACCUCGACUUAUAACCCGAUCUGCGGAAUGCAAUCCGAGCGAAUCCCAUGUCUGCACCUAGUCGGACUCCCAGCGACCCAAGCGUUCAAGCAAGGGAAGUUGUUACAUCAUACACUCGGGGAUGGGGACUUGGGGGUUUUCGUUGGGAUGAGUAAAGCUGUCGGGGGAGCAAGCUCUGUGGGAGUGAUCGGGCUUGGUUCGGAGGGAUUUGAGGAGGAGGGGUGGACGGAGACUGUUGAUAGGGUUAUGAGGGUUGCUAUUGCCGAGCGUCGACCAGUAUACCUCGGAUUACCUCAGGAUCUCGUUUCUCGUAAAGUCUCCAGUCGGUCUCUGUACACCCCACUCGGAGAGCCCGCCAGCAGUGACGUGGAAAACCAAACAGCCGACGAAUUAGCGAACAAGAUCGUCGACAAGAUCAGGUCGGUCAACAGGCCUGUGAUGAUCGGGGACUUUUAUGCGCAGAGGUUCGGCUUCGGGGAGGAGAUGAGGGGGUUGUGUGGCGCUUUGGGAGUUAGGUAUUUCGGGACCAAUCUUGCCAAAGCGAUGUUAGACGAACAGACCCGAUUGUACGGUGGGAUCUAUUCUGGAAAGACCACAGAUCAGGCGGCCAAAAUGGAAGUAGAGACCGCGGACAUGUGUUUGAUCGUCGGCCGGAUGGAUAGCGACCUGAAUACGGGAAUGUUCACUGCGAAACUUCCGUUCGAUACCGUAUCAAUCAACUUGGAUGAUACCGUCUUCGAAGGCGAGACGUACAAGAGCAUCGGGAUGGCUGUCCUCAUGCCCCGAUUGACAGUGUUGGCGAGGAAGACAAGACCGAACGCAUGGGAUGAGAAAAUCAUGUUCGAACCCCGUUCUGCGAUGGAAGAACUCGGGAUGAACGUCGGGAACGAUAAACUCGAUCAUGAGAAGUUUUGGGGGAGGAUGGAAAAGUUCUUCCGUGAUGAUGACGUCAUCUUCAGUGACGUAGGAACCAGCUCGAUGGGGAUCGUCAAUGUCACUCUUCCCACGCGCGCCAGAGUGCAUUUCCAACAUUUAUGGGCGAGUAUCGGAUGGAGCGGGGGUGCUGUAUUGGGCGGCGCAUUGGCGGCCCGAGAGACACCUGAUCACACCGGGAACCCGCCUCGCACUAUCGUCUUCAUCGGUGACGGCGCGUUGCAGAUGACCCUACAGGAGAUCGGCAGUAUCAUUCGCAACCGCCUCCCAGUCUAUUUCUUUAUCAACAACAAUAACGGGUACGAGAUCGAGCGACAGAUUCAUGGACCUACUGCCAAGUAUAACGAUAUUCAGACUUACGACCAUCAUCUGAUGAUCCGCGCGCUGGCCGGUCCACUUUAUGACGAGUUUUGCGUAACGCACAAGGUCAAGACUCAACAAGAAUUGGACACUUUGUUGCAAGAUCCCGAGUUCCACACUCCGGGAAAGUUUAGGAUGAUCGAGUUCUGUUUGCCACAAGGAGACGCUCCGAGAGCGCUCAAGUUGCUACAAGGAGGAUUCAACGUCCCAGACAGGGUCAAAGUCAAGAUCCCUUCCCGCCCUAUGACGCCCGUCUCGAUCUCGACCCGUAUACCUUCUCGACCCAGUACGCCAGUCAGCGCUUUGAGAAAAGAACGACCUAUCGGGCCUUUUACGCCGGAACCUAGGGGGAUGGCGUUCUAGUUAUAGAUGGAGUUCUAGCUACAGUUCUGCUUGUUCGAAGGUCGUUUUUCUGUGAUGGUGUGUUUAUGGUGCGAUCAAGUCUGUAUGAUCCGGUGAGACA